AUGGAAUGUCUUGUGGGCGGUGGCUAGACCAACUGGGCUCUGUGAGCGCGGCUGGCAAUUCCGAGCCAGAUGGCGGCGCUUUGCACUCCGGACGUUUUUUUCUUCUUCUUCUUCUUCUUUUUUUUUUCUUCUUUUUUCCUUUCCAACCUUCUAAGGAAGUGGGCGCGGGUUGCCCAGAUUGGCGCCUUCCGAUUGGCCAACCACCUCGAUGAUUGACAAUUCCCUGGGCUCCGCCCCUCUCCGCUUUAUUGACACUAAUGAGCAAGUUCUUCCCACCGCUCUCCUACUUGGAAGUGCUGACAGAUCAAGGCAACAAAUUUCAAUUACAAUCCCUAAUUUGUGUCCGCAGAGUGUUUUUUUUUUUUUCUUUCUCAUGUUAGUCCUCUCUGGCGCAUCAGUCGAGGCAGAUCUUGGAGCAGUCGGAGGAGGUGGAGGGGGUGGGAGCGAAGAAGUGCCGCAGUGAAAGCGCGCGAGGGACUAGGGAAGGAGAGUUGGCGGUCUCCCCGCUGGUUCUUCGGAUCCCAACGCAAGCCAGAAAGAGGAAACGCCAAAUUUGUUUUUGCCCGCUGCUGCGAAAGGGGACAGAUCUCGGGAGGCCCCGAGAGUUGCUCAGUUGGUGGUGGGGCCCGGAGAGCGAGUGCGUGUGUGUGCCCGCGCGAGUGUAUAUGAGAGAGGGGCGGGCGGGCGCCCGGCGGCGGGGAUGGCAGAGAAGCGGAGGGGCUCUCCGUGCAGCAUGCUCAGUCUCAAGGCGCACGCCUUCUCCGUGGAGGCGCUAAUCGGCGCCGAGAAGCAGCAACAGCUCCAAAAGAAGCGGCGAAAGCUAGGCGGGGAAGAGGCAGCGGGAGCCGCGGACGAAGGAAACUGCAGUCGCUCGGGGGGCGCGGCCGAAAAGAGUUCCUCGGAGGGAGAUGAGAGCGCAGCGCACCCGCCACCAGCCGGGGCCGCGUCGGGCCCGGUCCGGAGCUGCGCGGACCUAGAGCGGAGCUGUGGCUCCGGAGGAGCCGCGGGAGGCGGUGAUGAAGGCUUCUUGCAAGGCGCUUCCCCGCUGGGGUCUCCGCGAGGCUCCCCUAAAGUGUCCCCGACGCCCGCCCUGGCCCGGCCCGGCACCCCACUGCCCUCUCCGCAGGCCCCCAGGGUAGACCUGCAAGGGGCUGAACUCUGGAAGCGCUUCCACGAGAUCGGGACCGAGAUGAUCAUCACCAAAGCCGGCAGGCGCAUGUUUCCCGCAAUGAGAGCGAAGAUCUCAGGAUUAGAUCCUCACCAGCAGUAUUAUAUUGCCAUGGAUAUUGUGCCAGUGGACAAUAAACGAUACAGGUAUGUUUACCACAGCUCUAAAUGGAUGGUGGCAGGUAAUGCUGACUCCCCUGUACCACCCAGGGUGUAUAUUCAUCCAGACUCGCCUGCCUCUGGGGAGACUUGGAUGAGACAAGUGAUCAGUUUCGAUAAACUGAAACUCACCAACAAUGAACUGGAUGACCAAGGCCAUAUUAUCCUUCAUUCUAUGCACAAAUACCAACCCCGAGUACAUGUGAUCCGUAAAGACUGUGGAGAUGAUCUUUCUCCCAUCAAGCCUGUUCCAUCUGGUGAGGGGGUGAAGGUGUUCUCCUUCCCAGAAACUGUCUUCACUACUGUCACUGCCUACCAGAAUCAACAGAUUACUCGCCUUAAGAUAGACAGGAAUCCAUUUGCCAAAGGCUUCCGAGACUCUGGGAGAAACAGAAUGGGGUUGGAAGCCCUGGUGGAAUCCUAUGCAUUCUGGCGGCCUUCAUUACGGACUCUCACCUUUGAAGAUAUCCCUGGAAUUUCCAAACAAGGCAAUGCAAGUUCCUCCACUUUGCUCCAAGGUACUGGGAAUGGUGUUCCAGCCACGCACCCUCACCUUUUGUCUGGCUCCUCAUGUUCCUCUCCUGCCUUCCAUCUGGGGCCCAACACCAGCCAGCUAUGUAGUCUGGCCCCAGCUGACUAUUCUGCCUGUGCCCGCUCAGGCCUCACCCUCAACCGGUACAGCACAUCAUUGGCAGAGACAUACAACAGGCUCACCAACCAGACCAGUGAAACCUUUGCCCCGCCAAGGACUCCCUCCUACGUAGGUGUGAGCAGCAGCACCUCCAUGAACAUGUCCAUGAGUGGCACUGAUGGGGACGCCUUUAGCUGCCCACAGACCAGCUUGUCCAUGCAGAUUUCGGGGAUGUCUCCCCAGCUCCAGUACAUCAUGCCAUCACCCUCCAGCAAUGCCUUUACUACUAAUCAGACCCAUCAGAGUUCCUAUAACACGUUCAGGUUACACAGCCCCUGUGCAUUGUAUGGAUAUAACUUCUCGACAUCCCCCAAACUGGCUGCCAGUCCUGAGAAAAUUGUCUCUUCCCAAGGAAGUUUCUUGGGUUCCUCACCAAGUGGGACCAUGACUGAUCGGCAGAUGUUGCCCCCUGUGGAAGGAGUGCACCUGCUCAGUAGUGGGGGUCAGCAGAGUUUCUUUGACUCCAGAACCCUAGGAAGCUUAACUCUGUCAUCAUCUCAAGUAUCUGCACAUAUGGUCUGAUGAAGCCUUGAAGACAAUAUGAAUCCAGUGUAUUUUCUUAAUUUUUGUCUUGCCAAGCAAUAUGGAAAGAACCGAUCUAUAGCUCAUAAAAUGUACAUACAAUAGAAAAUGAAGGCUCACAAGAGUUUUUGACUUUCUCAAGGUGAGACUGAAAUAAUCUAUGGUAAAUGUGUACACUGUAUAUACAUCACAGAUAGCGUAUUGAAGCUUUUCCUCUGCUUAUCCAGUUGUACCCAGUAUUGACAUGCAUAGUCUACUUAGCUAAAAUCUCAGACUUUCAAAACUAAAUUUAAAACUUGUCAGUGAUACAAAGCAAAAACUUGUACUUAAUUUAUCAGAAAAGUGCUCUAAAUAGUUUAUACUUGAGUGUUGAUGAUGAGCAUGUAGAGAUCUAUGUUUUUUGUUAUUCUUGGACAUAGUGUGAAAACCUGCAAAAGCUCAUUGUGUUAGUAUUAGUUCUGAGGUAUUUGUAAUCAUGAAGGAUUAGUUUUGUAUUCCUGUUUAUUUUUAUUUACCACAGAUUUAUAGACCUUGGUUCUAUAAAAUUUAUAACAUAAUUUUUAUUUCCUGAAGGUAGGUAAAAGAAGUUUGUGACUUUUUUUCCUUUCUGUUGGACAUAGAGGUCCUUAUUCAUCUACAGAGAAUAAAUUUCUAGUAUUUUGGAUUUUUUGCUCAUUUUACUUAACUUAUCAUGUAGGCAAUUAAAGCAUGUUCUGUAAACAUUUUUAAAUUUUGUUUGUUUUUAUUAAACCAGAGAAGGGAUAUAUAAUAAUGAAUGAUGGCAAGAAGAAAAUAAAUCCUCCUCAGAUUGUUUGAUUUCAGUGAGAAAUGUUUUAAGUCCAGAGUAAUAAUAUUGUCAACUAUCUCUUAGAUUUUUAUGAAGCUUGGUUUUCCAAUUAGGGUAAUUUUCCCCUGGCCUUAAGUUUCCUGAGCCAUGAGUAAGGAAAAAGCAUUUAUGCUACUUACUUAUGUCUCAUAACUUCUAUAGAUCGAAACAUUUCCUUUUCCUUAUCUCUCUGCCUCCUUUUCUUAAAUAGACAGAUCUUAGUCCUUUAUGGUGUUAACACUACAAGGAAUUCCAGGGGGUUAUCUCCAGUAAUCUGUCUUGCUGGGUUGUAGUCAAAGGCCAAAGCCCAUUACUAUAAAGACUUUCUUGGAGGAUUGAGGAGGAAGAUACUAAUUAUGAUAAAGGAACUAUAAAACUUUUAACCCCAACAGCAUUUUUAACCUUGGAACUGAAGAAAUGAAAAGCAGCAUUACUUUUUAAAAGUCCGUGAAUACAUGGCUUGCAAGUACAAAACAAGGAAGUUUCUUAGCAUAUUACGGAUGAAAUAGGAAAGGCCAAGAAUGCUUGAAGAUGUGCUUUGCCCUUCUCUUGAGGAACUGAAAUGAUGCGUCUUUCAUCUACUUAUUACAUUGCAUAUAUUGGACAAAUGGAGUGCAAUGUUUUUGCUCAGCAUAAUAGUUUUAACUUAUUCCUAGUUCAGUGGUGAUUUACUCUUUACUUAACAAUAUCAUUGUUAUAUAUAUUUAAGGGAAUAUUCUUGUGAAAAGAAUUUAUGCAGGGAGUGUCUGUUUCUAGAUAAUUGGCAGUUAAUAAAUACUCGAUUUGAGUAUCACUUAUUCAUUUUAAAAUUUAAGAUUAACAGGAAGAGGCAUGAAAUAUUUGCAAUAGGUAGAGCUAUGCAAGAUUUUUGUGUGUGGUAUUAAGAGAAGAACAGAUUAUUUGUGAAGAAGACUUUAAUAAUGAGUUGCCCCCAGUCAUGGUGCUUAGAGAAUAAUUUAAGGAGGAUAAUUUUCCAUUUUGAGGAAACAUGCAAAGCAGUGGCCAAUACUGAUAAACCUUAGUAAGUAGAGAAUUUCCCCUUUUGCUGUUGGUAAUUUGAGAUAAUGCCAUAGCAACAUGAGUAGAAUUCUUUCAUUAAUCUUUUUUUGGUAAAAUUUACAAUAUUAAACAAAUUCUGUUUUUUUAGAUUUUACUGUAAAUAAUCCCCAUUUCACUUGAAAGGCUAGCCUUUUCUUG